ACAGACACUCCAGAGGUGUUUCUAGGGAAUAUCUGUAAUAUUUAGCAUUGAAGGUCAGGCAAAAUAUGAAAUUCUUUCUAGAAUAUUCCCCUUUUGAGGAAAUGGGGAAUUUUCCUUGCAAGGAAAUUGGAGUGGGGUGCCAUUAGCUAGUUAAUUCUAGCUUUUCCUGCUGGCCCUCCCACAUCUCCAGCCUUGUCUCUAAUACAAUACAACCCUUGCCCUCACAUCAGCCCACCAGUGCUCUUUUGGACCCACUCUACUGGGCAUAUAGAUUCCAUGGUGUUUAGAGAGCUUUGCAAACAAGGAAAUCCUAAUUCUUUUUUUUUUUUUAAGCCAGCCUUCAAAGAUAACAGAAGUGAAACAGCCACUGGAGAGCCAGCCCCUGAGCUGGUCUGGGUGUUUGGUCUAGUCUUGAGGCAGGAUGUAGCUAGCUGGCCAGCAGUUUCUGAACCAGGGCUCUGCUUUCAGGCUCCCUUAACAAUCCAAAUCCAGUCACAGAAAGGUGCAGAAAAUCCAUGUUUGAGAUGUGGUCUGCAGGGUCAAAGGGGGAAAUUUCCCUCUGUAUACUCAGAAUACUCAGAUAGAAAUACUGCAGCCUUUUGUCUGUUUUUAAAAACAAACCAACCCAAAACUUCCUGUACUCGGGUUUUGUAUUUUAGUUCUACUGGAUGUAAAAAUGUGACAAUACUGAUUGCCACAUAAUAGGCACUUUAACACUUCUUUCAUACCAGAUUCUUAAGCUGGCCCUAAAUCUGGCUUGUUUCAUUGUUAUGUAUCUGGGUAUUUGUAGAGAAUGUCCUUUAUGGGCUCCUUAUGCAAGUCUUUUAAGAUGGAAAGAGACUUCAGGAGAUGGAUGUUGGUGUCUAGCAAGGGCUAUGCAACAGAAAUGUUCCUUUCCUUUCUGUUUUCUUCUUUCCAAGCUGGAUAUUAAGAGCAGGAAAGGAUUUUUGGGGCCCAGCAGUCCAGAACUCUUUUAGUGGUAGCUGCUGCACUGCAGAAUUGAAGCUGGGAAUUCUCUCCUCCUCUUCUCUAUGCCACUCCUCCUCUGAGCCUCGGAUUCAGGCUGGCGCUGGGUUAGCAGUGCAGGGCCAUCUGGCUGCUCCUCUGCCUGUGGUGCAUCUCUGCCUGGCAGCCUGGGACUGCAGGGUGGGCUUUGGAGACUGGAGUUUCAAUGGCAACCCCGACUAGCAAGGAGCAAGGACUGCUUAUACGGACAGCUCGUUUUUGUCUUGUGCAGAGUCAGCUUUGUAGUGGGAUGUUGAAAUAUGACACAAUGCCUGUUUGUUUGCAAUAGCUGCAACCCUCGUAGCAGAGAUUCAAGUGGGAAACAGAGGGGGAAUCAAGAGACAAACCAGCGGGGGAAUUGGGAACUGUGACGCCGUGGCCUCUCUCCUGUGCCGGAGCAAGCAAAGGGAAGAGAGGUAGAGGAAAAAAGACUGAGCCUUGCAACCAACCAUCACCCUGACGAUGUGUCAGUCAAACACCCUGCAGGGACCAGAUCUGCACACAGGGAAAUGGUGAGAUGCUAUAAAGCUUUAUCUAACCCUCCACCCUCUUGCUACAACCUCCACAAAGUUAAAAUUCAUGUCCGGAGGCUGCGUUCAGGGAACGGCGGCAGCAGCAGCUGUGCCGGGGACCAGCACCCACAGCUGGAGAGUCCAGGCCUGGCUGGCUCUGCCGGGGGUACACCAAAUAGGAGAACUCGCUUCAGGUUGCAAUUCCCCCAGCUGGCCCUGAGGCGAAGGUUGGGCCAGCUAAGCUGUAUGUCUAGGCCUGCUCUGAAACUCCGUUCUUGGCCUCUGACUAUUCUCUAUUACCUUCUGCCUUUCGGUGCUCUUAAGCCCUUGACCAGAGUGGGAUGGAGGCCUGUGAGCAGGGUUGCUCUGUACAAAUCGGUUCCGACUCGCCUGCUCUCGCGAGCCUGGGGUCGCCUGAACCAGGUGGAGCUGCCGACAUGGCUCCGGAAGCCUGUUUACAGCCUGUACAUCUGGACAUUUGGGGUGAACAUGAAGGAGGCAGCUGUUGAAGAUCUGCAUCACUACAGAAACCUCAGCGAGUUCUUCCGCAGGAAGCUGAAACCGCAAGCGCGGCCUGUCUGCUGUGUGCACAGUGUGAUCAGUCCCUCUGAUGGAAAGAUUCUUAAUUUUGGACAAGUAAAAAACUGUGAAGUGGAGCAAGUAAAAGGGGUUACUUAUUCCCUGGAAUCCUUCUUGGGACCUCGCAUCUCUACAGAGGAACUGCAUUUUAGCCAGGCCCCACCUGGUAACUCUUUUCAGCAACAACUAGUCACAAAGGAGGGGAAUGAGCUCUACCACUGUGUAAUCUACCUUGCACCAGGGGAUUAUCACUGCUUCCACUCCCCCACCGACUGGAGAGUGUCACACCGGCGCCAUUUCCCAGGCUCUCUGAUGUCUGUGAAUCCUGGAGUUGCUCGCUGGAUCAAGGAGCUGUUCUGCCACAAUGAACGGGUUGUCCUUACAGGUGACUGGAAACAUGGCUUCUUCUCUUUAACAGCUGUAGGAGCAACUAAUGUGGGCUCUAUUCGCAUCUACUUUGACCAGGACUUGCAUACCAACAGUCCUUCUUACUCUAAAGGUUCCUACAAUGACUUCAGCUUCAUAUCCAACAACAACAAGGAAGGGAUCCCCAUGAGGAAAGGGGAACAUUUAGGGGAAUUUAACUUAGGGUCUACAAUUGUACUCAUCUUUGAGGCACCCAAGGACUUCAAAUUCCACCUCAAAGCUGGACAGAAAAUCCGUUUUGGAGAAGCCCUGGGCUCUCUAUAGCAACUCUCAGCAAGGUGGUUUUCUACACAAAGGGACUCUUAUCACACCACGGAGUGUUUCAUUUAGCAAGUAUGUAUCACUCAGCAGGACCUGGGUGAGGAAAACUGAAGAAUGUCAUUGCUAUGUUAAUGAGAGUAUUUGAUGUACACUGACAUGCUGCUGAAUGCAGAAAGAGAAUUGAAUGACCAGAGGUGUAUCAGGUACAGCUGCCUUUAAAGAUGUUGGCCAUGGAGGUUUCAUGGAGGACCCACCCUGUGCCUGUAGUCUUUCAUGUUCUCCCCUCAAUGUGCCACAGGGUAAUUUUAUUCUUAAACCCUUUUAAGCCCUCCAAGGCUAUGCAGGUGCAAUGGGGAAGGGUAGAGAUUAGCUAUAUUUAAAGGGACAGUGACAGGCUGAGUCAGACCUUGCACCUGCAGUGUCUGGUUUUCAGACUUUGAAUAAAGAAUGUGUUCUCAUAUUUAUUUUAUUCUGACAUACUCUGAUGAAGCUUUUGAAUAAAGGCAGCUGUGAAUGUAGAGAGCCAAAUAGUUCAGGGGGCGAGUAUGGAUUCACAGUUCAGAUAUGCAAAAUGUAGACAGCAUCAGUACAAUAAAUCACACUCAUCCAGGUUUUCUACUGUUAGACAAUUCUUUUACCUGGCAUUGUCCCUUUAAAAAUGGACUUUCCACUGUAUUUUAAAUCUGAAAACACUGUGUCUACAUUCCAUGUGAUGAAACUGGUCAUCUUGGGAUUUUCUUUUAGAGAAGCAAGAGUGGACAAAGCUUUGUCCUCUUCCUAAUCUAUGGUUCUAUUUUUCUGAUCCAGGCCUUAAAGAUUUUGUUUGUAUGAGAGGCAGUACCGAUUAAGGUGUUAGAAGACAGGGAAUAUUUUUCCUUGUGUGAUGCAAUAAGGUAGCAGCCAAAAUGUUUUUAUUCCCUGCAAUGUAUCUUCAUUGUUGCUUUGUCACUAAAUGCUUGAAGAACUACUUUCUCUAUUUAGUGAACAGUUUCAGAUACUUCAGGACCAAUUCUUAUUGCACCGAGUGAAGUACAUCUAUGCACUGACUGUGUAUAAAGGUAUUAUGAAUCUUUGAAGCAAUCCCAGGUUGCCUCCCAGGUGCGAACCUGGCCAUCCUGUAAUGGACUGGCAACGAUUUCAUCUUGCUCAAAAGAUGACUCUGACUUUUGUCCUCAUGCUAGGAAUGUGCUGGGGACAAAGCUCUGUGCUGAAGCUUCAUCCUACAGCAGAACUUCAGAGCUUUCUUGUAACACCAUGUCAAGAAGAGUUUGAAAUCUUAACACUUUGGAGCUAUCAAAUGCGGCACUGACAGAAACUGGUGCCAAAGUGAAGAAGAGGCAUUGAGUUUUAAAUGUAUUAAUUGUUUUUAGAGAAUAAACUUGUUUCAGGCCCAGGCACUCAGACAUUUAAAACUGACUUUGCUGUCCAGAGCCUGUUGGAGUGGACAUGCCUUUCUGCUUUCUCAAAGAUUUCUCAUAUUACUUUCUCGCUUGAGCUAAUUUUCUGCUACUUUAAGGAGAUUGUAGGCUUUAACUAGCUCUGAUUUUCUAAGGGAAAACUUAUCUUCUUUGUAUGCACUGCAGAAAAUAGAAUAUAAUUUUGUUGUACAAAUGUCCAGUUUGCCAAGUCCUGUAUGCUUAGCUUGUCAUCAGGGAAGAUGGGAUGAUAAACUGCCUCCAAGUGAUGAAGCCCAUCCAUGACUUCAGUUAUGGUGGCUCGUUGGGUGACAAGCAGGAGAAAAUUCAUUUGGCUCCAGGAGUCAAUGUUUCCUCACUUUACAUGAGGAGGAGUUUGAAAGCUUGAAGUGGCUCUCAGCCACCUAUCUUGUUAAAUUUCUUGGCAUUAGCAAGUUUACUCCUGCAGCAGUAUGUUAUAUACAGGUUAUAGAAACGUGCACUUUUUAAACCGUUGCUAUUUAGAAAAGACUAAGGCCAACAUCAACCCAGAGGCUGAAGCUAUGACUACUAGCCUUUUAACUAAAUGGCAUGUUAACAGUAGAAGGCAAAUUUGUUCCAGUGGAUGACAGGAAAGACCACUGAAUCUUUUCCCCCUUUUCCACUGGGGCCUAUGCCACCCGGACACAGCCAAAGCAACUUUGAGCUUUAAUUUCUCCAUGCUCAGCAUCACCAUCCACAGUACGUGAAGGUUACUGUUAGCCUGGUAAUGGAGCACAGGUUACCUGGUGUGUGCUUUAUUAGAAACCUCAGGAGGAGAGGAUUCAGCAUGCAAGUGGCUGGUUUUGUGAUAAUCUUAAUACUGUGCAGAGCUAGCUGAUUAACAAACAACAUUUGUUAUGCAGUGGUCAGCAAUGCACCCUGGAAGUGAAAAAGCAAAGUUCCUAGAGGGUACUGAUAAUGCUGUGAAUUUCUCCUGCAUGGAGAAUCCAUUUAAUUCAACUGUAUCAGUAGCAUGCUAUUUUUGUAUGUCAAAGUGUAUGACUUACUGACAUGAACUCAUUUAAUUGCAAAGAUUUUGAAAUAAAGAGUCUUAUCAGUGUUGCUUA